CUCCCUUGGCAACACCCCAAUGCCCACUUCCCUAGAACCAGGACUAGGAACAACCGUGGGGAGCUGUUCCCAGGAUCUGGUGCCCCGGUUUGGGACCAUGGUGAGAUGGAGAGGAGGAGGAGAGUAGCUCGAGCACGAGGAGCUGCAGCCAAGACAGAGCCCUUUCCUGGCUCCCUCCUUGCACUGUCCCCAGACCUCGUGUAUUUCUCCAAGGAUGUAAUCACUAAAAUUUGGGACUGUGUGUCCGAGUGCUGCCGCCAAGACCUGCUGCUGAAGAAGAGGGUCGGGCUGAUGGGCCUGGGGACCAUCCACAUCAUGAAAAAGCCCAUCUGGCAGGGAAAACUGGAAGGUUUCUUGGUUGACAGUCCCGAGUUCGACCUGGACAAGCCAUUCCUGGUGGGGAACAAGCUCCCUCAUGGGAACAGUCUGGCGCCUGAGCUCUCCAAAGCCGACGAGCUGGUCUGUGCCGAGGUUGCCCUGCGCCUGCACGUGCCCAAGGCCACCGUCGUGAUGUGCAUCAAGGCCACCACGAGGGUCUUUGAGUGGGCCUUGUCCAGCAGGCAGAACUUCGACUUCGUGUUCAAGGACAUCGGUGUCCUGGUGUGCCGAGGGGGGCACGUGGCCAUGAGGUUCUUCGAGGGCCUGGCCCGGGAGGUGGCUCAGUCCGAGAACCUGGCAGACAGUUUGCUCCAGUCACCAAACCUGAGGCAAUCAUUCAUAGCCCGCACGGAAAAGGACAUUUCCGAGCUGCCUCCUGGAGGUGUCUUGGUGUUGCCACACUUUGUGCAGGUGGAUGGGAAGUCAAAGCCACAUCCUGUGAAUGCUUCCCUGCAGAGCACUGGAACAACGAGCGCUGAGCACCAGCUGACUCCGGGGAAUGUUCCUGGCCAGCGCCUUCUUUCUCGCCCACGUGUUUCUCCGAGUCGGAUAAGGGAUGUGGAGGUGGCGGGAAGGGAAAAGAGAAAGGCUGAUGCUGGAGGGCAGAGAGGGAGGACACCACGAGCAAAGCAGGUCCUGGCAAACCUGGAGUCGUUCCGGGUGUCCCGGGAGCAGUGUAUGAAGGCCCUGCAGAUCAACAAGCUGAGGAAAUGCUUGGUGAAGCAGAAGGAGCUCCAUGACCCCGGAGAAGAGCAGAAGUGGGACGUGGGCUCAGGGCAGCCACAGUGCACCAGGAAAAACGGAAUAAAGGAAUCCCUCACCUGGGUGUGUGAGUUGCUUCUGUGCACCAGGGAACAACAGUGUUUGGUGACCCAAGUGUCACUGCUGGACACGGAUUGA